UACGUAUGACUGGCUGUAAUCACAAGAUAAAUGCAAUGUGCUGAUGUAUGGUAAUGUUCAAUAAUGCAUUCUCCACCAGGCUCGAUUCAUCAGGGAGUUUCUGGAGGGGAGGCAUUCGUUAUUGGCUGUCUCCGGACCUCAAGGAUAACAUUUCUGUCCUUUCCAUUGGCCACCCCGCUGCUGCAAGCGUCUUCCCGUCUUAUUUUGAUGAUGAAUAUGAAGGCACGCUAAGCUGUGCCGGAGCGUAGCGCUCGCCGACUGCACUCCCUCCCCGGGCUCAAGGACUCAGGGGCUCCCUCGCCGCUUCCCCUGCCCACCAGCAGCAGCAGCAGCAGCAGCAGCAGCAGCAGCAGCAGCAGCAGCAGCAGCAAACGCCAAAAGUUGUGAUGCUUUUCUUCACCCAGUGCUUUGGGGCUGUGUUAGAUCUCAUUCACCUGCGGUUUCAGCACUACAAGGCAAAGAGGGUUUUCUCAGCCGCCGGGCAACUUGUCUGCGUCGUCAACCCAACGCACAGCCUAAAGUAUGCACCGACCCGCUGUGCAGCUGCACAGACGUCCGCGGAGCAAGGCAUCCUUCCUCCCUGCCAUCACCACGAAGCAGUGCACGACCCCCAGCUGGUUCCCUGCACGUGCCCGCUCUUCUCCUGCCCGUGGGAAGGGCACCUGGAGGUGGUGGUGUCCCACUUGAGGCAGACCCACCGCAUCAACAUCCUUCAAGGGGCAGAGAUUGUCUUCCUGGCCACGGACAUGCACCUGCCCGCACCCACGGACUGGAUCAUCAUGCACUCUUGCCUUGGCCACCAGUUUUUGCUGGUCCUCAGGAAGCAGGAGAAGUACGAAGGCCACCCCCAGUUCUUCGCCACAAUGAUGCUGAUCGGGACGCCGACCCAAGCCGACAACUUCACGUACCGGCUUGAGCUCAACAGGAACCAGCGGCGCCUUAAGUGGGAGGCGACCCCCAGGUCGGUACUGGAAUGCGUUGACUCUGUCAUUUCGGAUGGGGAUUGCCUUGUGCUGAACACUUCCCUGGCUCAGCUCUUUUCCGACAACGGAAGCCUAGCGAUAGGAAUUGCAAUAACCACCAGCAAGGUUCACAACACCGAAGCUGAAAUGUGAAGAAGCAAGAGGAGGAGAAGGAGGAGGGGGAACAGUGGUGCUGUAGCUGCCUUGUGAGAGUCAGAACUUGCGGACUUUUCGGGGGGGUCUCAGGUCUUUUAUGGUAUUUAGUACUCGUCCACGGUGGGCAUUAUGUAAACAUCCUGUGGUUACAGUCUCUGUGUAAUGUAUUUACCGUUUUGUUAAUACAAUUUUAUGAGAAAUUUUAAA